AUAUCGAAGCAAAUGCCUACCGCCUAAUGUUUUGUCCUAUUGUUCACAAUGUCGCGGAAAAUGAAUAGGUUUUAAGUGACUCUAAAUAGGCUAACCGUGUUUUUCAUGAAUGGUGUAUUAUACAUCAAUCGAGAUGGAACAGAUACUAUGUAAGAAACAUAAAGAACGGUAAUACCGGUUAAAAGCAUUGACAGAUUUAACGAAGAACGCUUUGUCAUGGACAUGCAAGCCUCAAACGUUUAUGCAUCCAUCUCAGGAAUGCCAGAAUUAGGGAUGGUAUGGAUGGGGGAUAUGAUGGUUCAUGGAGAACCUACACACGAGUUAAUGUUGGACCCUCGUCAAAGCGAAAGUCCAUUCUUUUCUCAUAGUUCACAUGCAUACGAUGAUAUUAGAAAUCAUCAAAUGGCUCCUACAGCUAUGGUACGAUAUUUAGCACCUCAAUAUCCAAAUGAGUGUUCAGAACCGGAUGAAACUAUGGAAACUAUGGAUACGCAAGAGAUGCAACAAGAAUAUGACUCGCAAUCGGAAAGACAAGAAAUGAGUGAAUAUUUAACAUUAGAAGAUUAUAUGGCUGACGAUGAUAGAGAACAGGUAGUAAGUAAUGCGGCAACUCAAACUUCCCAUGAUGGCUCGCCAUUACGAAAUCGAAAAAUAAAGCCUAUAAAACAUCCUGGGCUUAUUUUAAAGACACCGAUUGCCUAUCAACCGCAUACCGAUUUAAACUUCAUUCCUAUCCGUAAAGAUGGCAUAGCUGUUUGUGAAAAAUGUGGUGCUAUUGGAGUUAAACAUGCAUUCUAUACAAAAGAGCGAAGAUUUUGUAGUAGAGCAUGUGCACGUUCUUCAGAGCAUACUGCUUCUACUGCAGAUUCGACGUAUAGCCCAUCGUAUCCCAUAGAACCAACAACAGCUAUGAAUGCCAAGUCUCCUGCUGAUACAAAAUCUGCUAAAGAUGUAAUAAAAAAAGAAAUAGAGUUGAGCGAACCUAUCAAAGAAGAUGAAGAAAAGGUUAUAACAGAACCAGUAAUGCCUGAAGAUUUACCAGUAAGGAGGAAGAGAACUGCAGAAAUGGCAGGCUCUUAUGAUUGGACCCCGCAUUUAGUUGAACCUGGAUUUUGUGCUGCACCGGUUUCUUGUUUUAAGCAUGCACCCAUAUCUGAAAUAUGGGACAACAUAACGGUGGGUAUGAAAGUUGAAGUGGAAAAUACUGACUGCGAUGAAGUAUGCGAAGCUUUUCCUGACUCUUUUUGGGUUGCUACUGUAUUACGCAUAUCCGGAUAUAGAGCUCUUUUGAGGUAUGAAGGAUUUGGUCAUAAUCCAGAUAAAGAUUUUUGGGUAUCGCUUUGUUCCAAUGAUAUUCACCCUGUUGGUUGGUGUGCCACGAUUGGGAAACCGCUCAUACCACCAAACACUAUCGCCAAUAAGUACAAAGAUUGGAAGGACUUUUUAAGAAGACGGUUAACCGGUGCAAGAACAUUAACAACUAAUUUCUAUAAUAAAGUUAAUGACAGUAUGAAAUCUCGCUUUAGAUGCGGGCUUCAUUUAGAAGUAGUAGAUAAAAACAGAAUUUCUCAAGUUAAAGUAGCUACAAUACAAAAAAUUGUUGGUAAGCGAUUGCACGUGAGAUAUUAUGAUUCACCGCCCGAAGAUAAUGGUUUUUGGUGUCACGAAGACUCUCCUCUUAUACAUCCUGUUGGUUGGGCAAGGAGAGUGGGACAAACGUUGGAUGCAUAUCCUGAAUAUUUAGAACGCAUUUCUAAAGCAAAAUUGUGUGAAGAUGAUGCUGCAGAUGGUCUUUUUCAUGUGCCAAAGAAUCAUCAUCUCCACCUAGGAUAUACCUUUAGAGAAGGAAUGAAAAUAGAAGCUAUCGAUCCUCUUAAUCUUUCUGCUAUUUGCGCAGCCACGGUUAUGCAAGUUCUAAAAGAAGAUUAUAUUAUGAUUCGUAUUGAUAGUUACGACGAAGAUGCUAGUGGUGCCGAUUGGUUUUGCUAUCAUUCAUGUUCUCCCUGUAUAUUUCCUAUUGGGUUUUGUUCUCAGCAUGGCCUACCGCUUACACCGCCAAAAGGUUAUGAUUCAACCACCUUUACGUGGGACGCAUACUUGAUGGAAACAAAUACUGUACCAGCCCCUGUACAAUUAUUUAAUAGGGAAAUACCCCAACAUGGAUUCAUCGAAGGUAUGAGACUGGAAGCAGCUGAUUUGAUGGAUCCUAGAUUAGUAUGCGUUGCUACUAUCACCAGAGUGAUCGGUCGAUUAUUAAGGGUACAUUUUGAUGGUUGGGAGGAUGAAUAUGAUCAAUGGUUAGAUUGUCAAAGUCCAGAUAUUUAUCCAGUUGGUUGGUGCGAUCUCGUAGAUCAUAAAUUAGAGGGGCCCCGUGUACUCGCUAAAAACACUAGUCCUACUGUAAAAUUACCAAGAGGCCUUAAACGUAAAUCUAAGAAAAAAGUAAAAAGAGGAGGCAAGGCAUUUUGCGCAAAAAGUAUUCUACCUCGUCAUAGUGAACGUAUUAGCGUUAUGGCACGUGAACGUGAACGAGAAUUGGAACCAGCACAAGGAACAAAAAUUGAACGAGAACGCGAUCUUGAGAGUUUACCUGAACAAGGAAGUAGAGAGCCAGAAACGGCAGAAGAACCUGCUGGUCCUGAUCAAACUUUACCGAGUCCGACGAGUGGACAGGGUCAAGCAUUGAGCGAUAUGCAAAGUGAUUUGCAAAGCCCUCCACCACCCAAAGAAAGAAUCGCGACAUCGUACAUCAAUGUAACUUCGGGAAAUACGAAGUAUAUUCCAAGGAUAGCUGACGUUGUUCCAAAAGGUUCAGAUUGUGGUGAUUUGGUGCCAUCUGAAUGGAAUGUUUUUGAUGUUGCUCAAUUUCUUCGUGUCAAUGAUUGUGCAACGUAUUGUGACAAUUUUAGCAAACGCAAAAUUGAUGGGAAUACUUUGCUAACUCUAACAAAGGACCAAAUAAUAGACCUAACGGGUUUCAAAGUUGGACCUUCUUUAAAAAUUUAUGAUCUUAUUCAACAAUUAAAAAUCAAAGUAAAUCCAGCUCAGGAAAGAUUGAAACUAGGACUAAAAAAAUUAUUAUAACAUACCUAGUAUAUAGCUGAUAUUAUGAAUAAGUUUCAACCGAAAUAGAUUAAACAUGGAUUUACAGGUAAGGCAUGUGAAUACGUUUGAGUCAUCACAUGUUACAUCUAAGUUGCACUGCGUUUAAUAUCCCCUUCUGACAGUAAUUCGUUUCGACAAGUAAUGAUAAGUUUUCUUUCUUUCUUUCUUUCUUUCUUUCUUUCUUUCUUUCUUUCUUUCUUUCUUUCUAUCUAUCUUCUUUUAUUACGUACUGUAAAACUUAAGAACAGAAUUUGAUUGAACAUACAUUUGGACGCUAAUGUAAAUGGACACUAAAGUAAGCUAUUCGAAAUCAUUAUUAUGUACAAAAUAACGCAGAAUACUUGAUACAUUUAACAUUAAUAUGUAGAUAAGAUUUUAUAUAUGCAUUUUAAAUGUGUUUGUAUUUAUAAAUAUUUGAUUUAUUUUACCUAGGAGGUUUUCUCAUUCUAGCGAGUUAUUUUCCCUGUAUUGCCAUAAUUUGUAAAUCCAUGAUUCAGUUAAAUCAAUCCAUCGAAUGCAAAUGCAUCAGCCAUUUAUCGGUAAAGUCAGAAGGAAAUGUUUUCCAACCGAAAUAGAAUUUACAAAUGAAAUGAUGUAAAAACUAUAGAAAUUCUGUAUUACAGUUUACACGUAGACAAAGUAAGUGAAAUAAGAUAAAAUAAUGAUGUAAUAUGAUAAAGUACAAAAUAGUAUUUGUUUAUCGAUGAUGAUAUCAUUUCAUAAAUAAUAACGAUUAUAAAAAUACCAUUAAUAUCUGAAUUUGUCAGUAUAAUUAAAUGGACUACAUGAAUCAUUCAUUUGUGCCAGAUUACAAUUUCAGUUAAUAAUACAUUUGUACAUAUAGCUAAAAGGAUAUGUAAGUUAUAUCCAUAUUUCUGUUUGUAAAUAUUAUUUUAAGAAUAAAAUACAAUAUAUCGAGACAUUAGUGGCAAAUGGUAAAAAAGAAAGAAAGAAGAAGAAGAAGAAAAAAAUUAAGUGAAUGCCGUUAAUAGCAUAUGACAAUUAUUACCAAUUGGCUGAUGCGUUUGUAUGAACGUACAAGUUAAAGUACGCAAUAUUAAUGCGCAACUUACUCGUCAAUACAAUGAAUCAAAGAAAAUAGAUAAAAUAUAAUAUAAGAAUAACUCACAGCUUUGACUUAUAAAAUACUAUUUUAGUACCACAGAGUAACUAACACAGGUUGCUCUUAUUAUUUAUUCACUGUUUUUCAAAACAUUGUAGUAAUUAACACUCGACUUAACUUGUACCUUAUAUCUGACAUUUGAACAAAUUUUGUUGAUAAACUAAGAGACAAAUUAUCCAUUGAUUGUAGAACCUUGUCACGAAGAAGGAUACUUCAAACUACAGUUGAAAUAAUUUCCAGAAUCUAGCGAAAUUGAUUAAAUAGAACAUUUGGAUUAGUUAAGGAUUAACAACAUUGAUUACGGUGUUCAUAUUCAAAUAUAAAAAAAAAGAUAUAUUCAUUUUCUUUUAUAUUCAACAGAUUGUGAACAUUUAUAAAAUGUAUUGUAAGGAUAAAUGAGGAAAUGCAUAGCAUAUCGAAUAGCAUCUACUACCAUCUUACAAUCCAAUUUCUAUCGAAUUUUUUGAUAAUAAGGUAUAAAUGUUUUUUAUUAAAUAAGAAAUGAAGAAAAGAGAAGAGACAAUGGAAAAGGCGAAACAUUUAUAAUAUUUAUUCUAUUCUAUUCUAUUCUGUUCUAUUCAUUGUUUGCUAUAUACUAAUGCGUUUAGUUGUAAAAAGUACAAAACUUUUCAAUAGGAUUCCAAAAGCUAUGUUUUUCAUGCUUUUUUUGACAAUUGGCAAAGUUUCCGAAAAUAUUCAUUGAAUAUUCAUUGAACUCGUAAGAAACUCGUAAAACUUAUUACCCAAAUAUUUGAGUAUUAUUGAACGUAUACUAGAGAACAACUGCAUAGUAUUAUUGCAAUCAUUAAAUAGA